CGACUGUCCUUGUGCUCCCAUAGUUCUCGAUCACCAUGGCCACUGAAGAUGGAGGCGGUUCCCCGCACGACCUGGUCGUGCAGACCUGGAUCAUGUACAGCAUUGCCAUGCUCUUAUUUGUGAUCAGAGUUUUUGCUCGCUACAAGCGGUUGGGCUUCCGGUUCCAACUCGAGGAUUAUCUCAUGGUAGUGGCCGUGGGCUUCUAUACGGCCUUUGCGGUUACCAACAUCAAAAUCAUCGAGGGCGGAGGAAGCAACCUUUACCCUCCUUAUGAGUUCGAUACAUUUACAGCUGCCGACAUUAGGUCGAGGAUCAAGGGCUCGAAGAUCGAGUUCGCCUCCGAAAACUGCCAGCUCUGCACCAUCUACUCGCUCAAAGCCUGCAUGCUGAUGGUGUACUUCCGACUCACCUCCAAUCUGUGGCAACAUCGUCUGGUCAAAAUAUGCGCCGGCUACACGUUCUGUGGCUGGGUGGCCACGGAGCUGACGCUCUUUCUCAACUGUCACCCCUUGUCCGGGUACUGGACGAUUCCGCCGCCCAGUACGGAGUGUUCCACCUACUUCCGAUACGAAGUUGUCCAAUGUGUCCUCAACAUCAGUUCGGACAUCGCCAUUCUCGCCAUCAUUUUACCGAUGUUCAUCCGUGCCAGAAUGCCGUGGAAGACGAAGCUGCCCGUGAUUCUCGUCUUCUCCAUGGGUAUCGUGGUGAUUGCCUGUGCCAUUACCUCUAAAUGCUUCACCUUCAAGGACAUCUACGACGACAGCUACCAGUUCUGGUACCUCCGGGAGGCCUCGAUCGGCAUGUACGUCACAAACCUGCCCUUCGUGUGGAGCCUGGCACGAUCGACGCUUUCCUUUCUCAAAACGAGCCAAUACACCAACAAUGGCAAGUACGACAAUAACCAAUACGGUACGGAACCCGCCUCGAAUGCCCGGUGGAAGUCGAUUCCCACUACCCGAUCGACGCGCAACAUGCCCAGCGCGUACGAAACUCGGGUCAGUCGCGCAGAUGGGCUGACGCGCACUGAAAGCGAGGAGAACAUCAUUGAGAUGGGCGGAGUGGUGGGGCGCAGCAUGAAUACCACUACUACGAGCAACGGGAGCGAUAACACCGACUGGAUACAGUCGGGCGGACAGGACGACUUCAUCAUCCGGAAAACGACGGAGAUUGUGAUCCAGAAGGAAUGACAGCGACUCUGAUGAGUUUCACGGCUACUUCGCAUGAAACAGCCACCCUGCCCUCGCACCAUCGACUCCUAGGAUAGUGGCCCAGUGGACAAUCGCACUCUGAACCUCAACCUCAACCUCGC